CGUUUUUAUAAUUCUUAGCAUCGCUGGAUUCGACAGCACAGACGGAGAGUGCAAAUGGGGUUGAUUGGCAAGAGGAGGCUUUUCAACAGAUCCAAUCCCUGAAAGAGGCGUACUUACCAGAUCUGAAUGAAAUCUACCAGAGAGUUGCAUCCAAGUUGCAGCAAUUUUCUCUGGAGCAGGAUUCUAUUCUACAGCAACAAAGAUCAGAGCAGUUUGAGAAAUUGAAACAGUUCAAGACAAUGUUGGAGCGCAUGAUACAAUUUCUAUCUGUUCCAAAGAGCAAUAUCAUGCCCGCAUUGAAGGAUAAGGUGCCUUAUUAUGAGAAGCAGAUUAUAGGUUUCUUAAAUAUGCACAAGCCGAGGAAGCCAGUACAGCAAGGGCAGCUUCCGCAAUCUCAGAUGCAGCCAAUGCAGCAACCGCAAUCUCAGACAGUUCAAGAUCAAUCUCAUGAUAAUCAAACAAAUCCGCAGAUGCAAGCAAUGAGCAUGCAGGGAGCUGGGCCAAGGGCACAACAGAGUAGUUUGCCAAAUAUGCAGAAUAAUGUUCUGUCAUCUCGUCCUGCAGUUUCAGCUCCACAGCAGAACAUUCCUAGUUCCAUACCGGCUUCUAGUUUAGAAUCUGGCCAAGGUAAUGCAUUGAAUAAUGGCCAGCAGGUUGCCAUGGGAUCGUGAAGUCCUGCUCGCCACAAGCACUUUCUUCUGCAGUAAGUGACAUUGGAUCGGUUGUAAGCAUGGUUGAUAGGAUAGCUGGUUCAGCCCCAGGAAACGGUUCGAGAGCUUCUGUUGGCGAAGACUUGGUUGCAAUGACUAAGUGUCGUCUUCAAGCAAGAAACUUCAUGACGCAAGAGGGAAUGAUGGCGACGAAGAAAAUGAAGCGUCACACAACUGCAAUGCCACUGAGCGUUGGUUCACUGGGAGGAAGUGUUGGUGAUAACUACAAGCAGUUUACUGGUUCAGAAACAUCAGACCUGGAAUCUACUGCAACUUCUGAUAGAAAGAAGGCAAGAACUGAGAUGGAACAUGCCCUUUUGGAGGAAAUUAAGGAAAUAAACCAGCGGCUGAUAGAUACAGUUGUUGAGAUUAGUGAUGAUGAAGAUGCUACUGAUCAUAGUGAGGGAGCAAUAUCAAGCAAAGGGUGUGAAGGAACAACAGUUAGAUUCUCGUUUAUAGCUAUUUCUCUCAGCCCAGCCUUGAAGGCUCAUCUCUCAUCAACACAAAUGUCUCCUAUUCAACCAUUACGUCUACUGGUCCCUUGUAGCUACCCUAACGGCUCUCCAUCUCUUCUGGAUAAACUUCCGGUCGAAAUCAGCAAAGAGAACGAGGACCUCUCGUCCAAAGCUAUGGCAAGGUUCAACAUAUUGCUAAGAAGUUUGUCACAGCCAAUGUCGCUCAAAGACAUAGCCAAGACAUGGGACGCUUGUGCUCGGGCUGUGAUCUGUGAGUACGCACAGCAAUUUGGUGGUGGAACUUUUAGCUCAAAAUACGGCACUUGGGAGAAAUUUGUAGCCGCUUCCUGAAUCAGAUGGAUUUCUCUAGUCCUCAAUGAUAACACUGUGAAUGUGAUGCACGUACUGUUUCAUGUCACAACCACAGAAAAACAAAAAAAGGCCAAAACGGUUUCCAACUUUUUUGUUGUACAUUACAAGUCUUUUCAUACUUACCCUUGUUUUUUUUUAAUUUAUUAACCAAAGCUUAUGGUGUAUUAUUGAACAUUUUUUAAUUAUAUAAUAAACUUUUAUUGUAUGUA